UGGCGGCUCUGUGCGAACCCAAACGGGACGCCGGGCUAACGUUUUGAGCUUUCACACCCAAAACGGACACCGGGGCUACGCGGGGCACCGCAUCAUCUCAAUCCCCACCGGCCCACCUUUCAGCGGAUACCGCUUUCGCUCGCGUCCGUGAAGGCUAAACAAACGCAAAAAUUGAGAUUGAAAUAAUAGGGUUUGCCUAUCAUGAGAGGCAGAAGGGGCAGGCCGCCCAAACCGCUGCAAAGUGAGGAGCCGUCUCCAACACCGGCCCGUGGCUUGAGACCCAGGAGGAAUCUGAAGCCCAGGGCCAGGGACAGCGGGGAUGAGGAUACCGAGAGCCCCAAGAGAGAGACCACCAAGGCGGCCAGGGGCAAGAGAAAGGGGGGAGCUGGCACGUCAACCCGGGGCAGGGGAAGAGGCAGAGGUGGCGGUGGAGGCAGAGGAGGUCGAGGAGGAAGGCGGACGCCUGCCUCCAAAACAGUGGUCUACGAUGACCAUGAGAGCGAGGAGGAAGACGAUGCGGUCAGCCUGAGAUCCGAGGAGGACGAGUAUGUAGAGGAGGAACCCGCAUCCGAGGAGGAUGAGGGCCUCAAGGAGGACUCCGACUGCCUUGACGAUGUGCUGGACGAGGAGGAGGAUGAUGCCAGCUACUGUACAGAGAGUAGUUUUCGGAGUCAGAGCACACACGCCAGCACUCCGGGGAAGAGAAAACUACGGGCUUCCCGACCUCGCACUCCUAUUCUGGAGGACAAGGAGAUUCCUCAGCUGGAGCUCCCUGAGACCUCCGAGGAUCUCCUGGUGCCCAGUGAGGAGCUUCUCAGUGUCACCUCCAUCUAUGAGGUGCUUCGCAACUUCAGUACGGUGCUGCGGCUCUCCCCAUUCCGCUUUGAGGACUUCUGCGCAGCUCUGGUUGGACAGGAGCAGUGCACUUUGAUAGCAGAGACCCACAUUGCCCUGCUGAAGGCCAUCUUGCGUGAGGAAGACUCCUCCAGCACCACCUUCGGCCCUGCCGACCUUAAAGACAGUGUCAACUCUACGUUGUACUUUAUUGAUGGCAUGACGUGGCCCGAGGUGGUGCGGGCGUACUGUGAGAGUGACCGGGAGUAUCACCACGUCCUGCCGUAUCUGGAGGUGGACGAGUACCCGUACGGUCCACUGGACAGUAAGAUCAAGGUGCUGCAGUUCCUGGUUGAUCAGUUUCUCACCACCAACAUUGCCCGUGAGGAGCUCAUGUCGGAGGGCAUCGUGCAGUAUGACGACCACUGCCGCGUCUGCCAUCGGCUGGGUGAUCUGCUGUGCUGUGAAACCUGCUCGGCCGUGUACCAUCUUGAGUGUGUGAAACCACCACUGGCCGAGGUUCCAGAGGACGAGUGGCAGUGUGAGAUCUGUGUGGCACACAAGGUUCCCGGCGUCACAGACUGUGUCACAGAGAUGCAGAAGAACAGACCCUACAUCCGCCAGGAACCCAUCGGAUACGACCGCCACCAGAGGAAGUACUGGUUCCUCAACAGAAGGAUUAUUGUUGAGGAGGAUGGGGAGCAUGAGAAGAAAAAGAUCUGGUACUACAGCACCAAGGCGCAGCUGGGGGAGCUUAUCGAGUGCCUGGAUAAGGAGUACUGGGAGGUGGACCUCUGCGCCACCCUGGAGGAGAUGAAGGAGGAGGUGCAGACUCACAUGGACAUCACCGAGGACCUUACCAACAAAGCCCGUGGAAACAAUAAGUCCUACCUCACCGCUGUUAAUGAAGAGAUCAUGGAGCGUGUGAAGGUCAGGCAAGAGGCACAGGAAGCAAACAGGCUAGCAGAGGAAGCGGAGAAAAAAAAGCAAGAACCAGAAAGUGGCCCCUCCAAGGCAGUGGAGGGCCCUGCUGAGCUCGCCACACAGCUGGACAACGGAGAACACACGGAGUCUAAAGAAGAUCCUACUUCACAGGCAGCCAAAGGUCCCACUGCUGGAGAGGAGGGCAACAUGUCUAAUCCUAAGCCUGGUUCAGCCACGCAGGACUCUGCCGUCUCUAAAACGGAGUUCCUUGAACCCAAUGAGGGCACCCAGCCUGCCCCCUUAGGGAGCCAGGAGAGUGGGGAGUCCCCUGUAGUGGCAAAGCAGGAGAGGACAGAUAAGGAUGUAAAAGCAGAGUCUGGCAGUGAGGAGAAGCCACAGACCCAAGGCCUACAGCAGCAGUCUGCCGGGCCAGAGGUGUGCAGCAGCCAGGUGUCUGGAUCUGGGAGCCUCAGGAAGCUGGAGGAGCCUGACCUGGCUGACAGGUCGUCCCAGUCCUCUUUCACAAGCCAAGAUGGGACAGAGGAGUAUAACGAGAAGGUCAAGAGCGACAAAGUAACAGCAGCAGAUCGGGAGAAUAAUAACCCAACACCUAGAGGCAGCAAGGAGUCAUCACCCGCGCGCUCUGAUGGUGAGACCUCCCGUCCCGGCUUCUUGAAAAAGGACACUGCAGUGAAGACCAAUGCCAACAACUUGUUCAAACUGGGUCAGGAGGGUAAAUACAGAGUCUACCACAACCAGUACAGCACCAACGUCCUGGCCCUCAACAAGCAUCAGCACCGUGAGGACCACGACAAACGACGCCACCUCUCCCACAAGUUCAGCCUGACCACUGCCUCUGAGUUCAAAUGGAACGGCUCUAUUCACGGUUCAAGGGUCCUGACCGUCUCUACCCUACGUCUCACCAUCAUCCAGCUGGAAAACAACGUCCCCUCACCGUUCAUGCACCCAAACUGGGCAUCGCAUAGGUCCAACUGGAACAAAGCAGUCCAGAUGUGCAGCAAAGCCAGGGAAUUUGCUUUGGCCUUGGCCAUCCUGGAGUGUGCCAUCAAGCCAGUGGUUAUGCUGCCUGUGUGGAAGGAUUCUCUUGGACACACAAGGCUACAUCGAAUGACCUCCAUGGAGCGGGAGGAGAAGGAAAAGGUGAAAAAGCGAGAGAAGAAACUGGAGGAUGAGGAGACUAUGCAGCAGGCCACCUGGGUGAAGUACACCAUCCCCAUCAAACACCAGGUGUGGAAACAGAAGGGGGAGGAGUACAGGGUGACUGGGUAUGGAGGCUGGAGCUGGGUCAGUAAGACCCAUGUGCCACGUUUUGUUCCGAGGCUACCAGGGAACACAAAUGUAAACUACCGCAAAGAACUGGAGGCAGCUAAAAUGGGCAAAGAAAAUGCAGCAGCUAGCACAAAUAAGCCUAGCAAAUUGAUGGGAGCUGAGAAGGAGACCGCUCAGAGCACUGUGGAUAAAGACGAGGAGCAAAUAUCCUGCACUGUGUCAUCUCAGAGCACUUCUUCAGAGGAGGGACAGAGUGGAAAAGAAAAGGAAAGUAUCAUGGAGAAGGGGGAGGAAACAAAUGUGGAAAAAACAACUGAUGAAAAAAUGGAGGUUGAUCCCCACCCAGAAACUGUUGCUUCCAGUGACAACAAAGAUAAUGUCAUCAAGAGAAGCCCUUCUCCACUUGCUGGCCAGCCUGUGAAGGAAGAAGCCAUGCAGGGAGUUGAAAAACCCCAGGAGGAGAACACGUCGCCCAAACCUUUCUACUAUGAUGUUGUGAAUGUCAGCGAGGGCUUCCAGCUGCGGACAGCUUAUAAGAAGAAGGUAAAGCCCUCAAAACUGGAUGGACUCUUAGAGCGCCGGGUCAAACAGUUCACCUUGGAGGAGAAGCAGAGGCUGGAGCGUUUGAAACAGGCAGCUCUGUUGUCCAAAUUGGUCACCUCAAAGCCUACUGCUGUUGUCAAGACUGAAGCCUCUGCAGUGAACAAACAGGAGCCUGCAGUGACCCCAUGCACUAAAGUAGAAGAGAGGCAGGAGGGCCUGCAGGUGAAAGACGCGGUGGUUAAAAAACUUAACUUUGACCAGGAGCAGACAGAAACAAAGCCUCGGACAGACAACUUGGACGUCAGAUUAGACUCCACACAAUCCGUAGCACCCAACCACAGCACACAAACGGAGGCAAAUGCUGUGCAGGGGAAUGGUGGGGAGGCCUUAGGCCAUAAAGAGGUGAACGGAGGGUCCCAAGCUGACACUGAGCUGAGUGAGCUCAACAGGAAAACAGACUGUGGGGUAGAGCCAAUAGUAAGUACAGAAAAACUGCACAAACCAGAGGUGGAACCAGAGGCUCGAACAGGAGAGAACGCUAAGAAGCGCAGGUAUGAUGAAACUGAGGAAGGCAGUGAACAGAAAGACACAGAGGGCAUGGAGGUGGACCAAAGUAAAAACAGUCCAGUGCAGGUAAAUGGGAAAGAUGCAGUCACUCCUGCUCCAGUAGACUCCAACACUAACUCGGACCUGGCCAGCCCUGUCCCAGGUGAGAUAAAAGCUGUGCCUCAGAAAGAGCCUGUCAGAUCUUUGAUGAAUGGGAGUCUCUUGCAGAAUGAUGUGUCCAGCAUAGAUCACCCACCUCCCUUGAAGGUCCCAAAAUUGGACAACCAUGUUGCAGAGAAGGGUGACUCUUCGUUAAGUGUUGCUAUGAUAGCAAAUAAGAAGGAGGAAGUACCUAUGGACAAAGAAGAGAGAUUGUCCAGUAAGCCUCCUUCAUCAACCCCCUCAAGCCUGAGUCCCAACAGCACAGACAAUGGUAGUGGUACUGAAGGUCUGAAGGCAGUCACCCACACGGGCAUCACCUCCAGUACUCCAGUGGCCACUGAUUCCCAAAUGGCACAGGCAGCUGAGGAGACCAGCAGCAAAAUUAAGCCCGCUCCAGCAGAAAGCAGUGGAGGCUCCACCCUCCCCACCUCCACCACCACCACCACCACCAAAACCAACACCUCCUCCCAGCUCAGCUCCCUGACCCCCAAAGCUGUUCUUUCUCAGGAGACCAAAACCAACGUAGCAACGGUUACAGACACCAAAACGAGUGUCUCCGGUUCAGCAACAAGUUCCAUGACGGUUAGUAAAGAAUAUUCCACCAGAGACCGGGUCAGCCUCCUCAAGUUCUCCAGAUCCAAGAAGGCACGAUCGGGAACAGCCCUGCCAUCCUACCGCAAGUUCAUCACCAAGAGCAGCAAGAAGAGCAUCUUCGUCCUCCCCAAUGAUGAUCUUAAGAGGUUGGCAAGAAGGGCAGGCAUCAGAGAGGUGCCUAUCUUCAACUACAAUGCCAAGCCGGCCCUGGACAUUUGGCCCUACCCCUCACCCAGGCCGACCUUUGGGAUCACAUGGAGAUACCGUCUCCAGACUGUGAGGUCACUUGCUGGGGUCAGCCUGAUGCUGAGGCUGCUGUGGGCCUGCCUGAGGUGGGACGACAUGGCUGUCAAGCCCUCUGCUGCUGUAGGGACCACUCGGAAAGAAACCACAGACACGGACAUCAUCACAACAGAGAUCAUCAAACGAAGAGACGUUGGACCUUAUGGCAUACGCUCAGAAUACUGUAUCAGGAAGAUCAUUUGUCCCCUUGGCAACAGAGACACUCCCAAAGAGACCCCAACCCCCCAGAGGAAAGGUCUGCGCUCCAGUGCCUUGAGACCCAAGAAGGCAGAGCCAGCCAAGCUGACUGGACCUAUUGCCAUGGAGACGUGGGUGGCUGAGGAGGAGCUGGAGCUGUGGGAGAUCAGGGCCUUUGCCGAAAGAGUGGAGAGGGAAAAGUCCCAGGGUUCAGAUCCCUCCAAGAUUGGUAGUGCUCUGAAGACAGCAGAAGAUGUUAAGGCCCACUUGGAAUUACAGCUGAAACAGGCCAGGCUGGCUGUCCAACAGAAACGUCUUGAGCAGCAGAAAACAGGUGCAACCACCACCACUUCCUCCACCACCACCACCUCUACCCCCACUACCAGCACUCCCACAACCCCCACCUCUACAGGCCAAAAGCCAGGCCAGGUCACAUCUGGAACCAAGAUGGUUCUGGCCUCCAAACUGGGCUCCCCGGUUUCUUUCCAGCAGGACAAGAACUUCCAGCAGUCUUUUGCUUCCUGGGUCAAGCAGGGUCAGACCAACAACAGCUCAGCCUCCACAGGCUCGGUGGCCACCAUGGCUAGCAGUAUCACCACCUCAGGGCAAACCUUCCAGAUCGCUGGUGGCCCAGUGACUGUGGCUGGUCAGGUCCUCGCCGCCAAGCUACCGCUGCCUGCUAACAGCAAGAUUGUCACUCUCAACAUGCCCACCACACAAGGAGGUGUGGUCCAGCAGAAAGUCCUUGGCAUUUUCCCCUCUGGCCCUCCUGCUAACCUUCGGACAUAUAGCACAUUACACCCCACAACUGGCAACAUCAACCUCAGAGCCACCACCUCUGCCUCAACCACUCAGCAACAGGGCACCACAGCAGGAAGCCAGGUGCGGCCAGGCACAACAAUGAUCCAGUCACCUACCCAGGGUACUUCAUCAAUGGCCAGAAGCCCAGUGGCGGCUCAACCAGGCCAGCCUCAGCAGCCUGGGCAGAUGGGCCGUGGUCAGCCUGGUUCCACAGCUGUGUCCAGCGCUAGUCCUGUGCAGAGCAAUGCAGGUCAAAGAGUAGUGGGUGCUGCACCGUCGCCCCGCGCAGCCACCCCAGCACCUGGACAUUCCCAAGCUGCCCCUCCGCCUGCCUCCCAGACCAACAGGCCUCAGCAGGGUCAAGUCAGACUCACAAUGGCUCAGCUUACACAGCUAACGCAGGGUGCACAGGGAGGGAACCCAGGUCUGACGGUGGUGAUCCAGGGUCAGGGCCAGACCCAAGGCCAACUGCAAAUCAUCCCACAGGGGGUAACGGUCAUCCCUGGCCCCGGGCAGCAGCUCAUGCAGGCAGCCAUGCCCAAUGGCCAGGUCCAGCGUUUCCUCUUCACUCCCAUGCCUCCAGCUUUGUCAUCUUCAACCUCAGCGCCUACCACCACAAAACCUGUUUCAGCCCAGACCACUCAAAGCCCCAUGUCAACACCAGCCCAAGUCAGAGCCCCUGCACAAGUCCAGACAACUGCCUCUACCUUAGCCCAAACCCAAGUUACAGCCCCUGUGCCUGUCCCAACACAAGUUGCAGCCCAGCCCUCAACCCAAGUUCAUGUUUCUGCUCCAGUCUCUGUCCCUGUGCAGCCACCAACAGCAGCCCCAGCACAAGUUGCAGCCCCAACCAUGACUCAACCACACGUCUUCACCCAAGCCCCGGCCCCUGCACAAACCCAAGCUGCAGUCCCACCCAUGGGCCAAACACAAGUUUCUGCCCUUGCCCCAGCCUCAGUCCCUGUACAAAACCAAUCUACAUUGCCACCCAUUGGCCAAAUGAAAGUUUCUGCCCUUGCCCCAGCCUCAGUCCCAGCACAGACACAAGCUACAGUCCUACCCAUGGGCCAAAUGCAAGUUUCUGCUCUUGCACCAGCCUCAGUCCCAGCACAAACGCAAGCUGCAGUCCUACCCAUUGGCCGAACACAGGUUUCUGCCCUUACCCCAUCCUCAAUCCCAGUACAAACCCAGGGUGGAGAAUCUGUAUCAGCCCCAGGACAAGUUGCACCCCUAAGCCAGUCCCAGACAUUUGCCUUUACCCCUACACCUGCCCUAACCUCAGCCUCUGUCCAAAUGCAAGUUGCAGCUUCUGUUUGUGCUUUAGCUCCAGCCCCUUUCACACCUCCUGCCCAAGCUGUUGUCUCAGCAGCCGCUGCAGAUGUGGCCCAAGCACCAGUUUCUGUUCCUUUAUCUGUUCCUAUUCCUGCCCAAGUUAUAACCCCUGCCCUUGCUCCCGCCUCUGCUCCUGUUGUAGCUGCUGCCCCCAACCAAGUUGGUGUCCCAUCCCCAGCCAGAGCCAUGGCCCCUGUACCUUUCCAUACCACAAUGGCCAAUGCUGCUGUCACACCAGUCACAGCCACCUCUACAACACCUUCAGUGCCAGCUCUGACAGAACAGAGACCAGUUCAGCCUCAGGUUUGGACUCCUGCCUCAUCUCAAGCCCAGACUCCAGUCCAGCCAGCUCAACAGGCUGCAGCUCCUGUUCAGCCCCCUGCCUUGGCCCCCCUAUCUUCCCUUGCUACUGUACCCGUUUCUGCCCCUGCACCAGUCACCACACAUUCACCCAUUACCUCGCUGACUCAGCCACCACUUCCCCCUCAUCCUCAGGCACAAGUCCAGCACUCUGCUGCUGCAUCUGUGCAGCACGUAGCUCAAAUGCCGGUCUCACCGAUGCAGGUUCAUAUGAAGGCUCUACCUGUCUCUUCUAUAGUUACCACAGUGAGACCCAGUCAGCCUCAAUUCCAGCCCCAGGCCCACACGCAACUUCAACCCCAGGCUCAAGCCCCAAUCCGUGCACAGAUUCAGGUCCAACCCCAUAGUCAAGCCCAACAAAUCGCCCAGCUUCAGGCCCAAGCACAAGCCCAAAUACAACCCCAGGUCCGAGUCCAGUUUCAGCCACAGGCACAAAUUCAGCCACAAACUCAGCAACAGCCCCAAUGCCAAGUUCAGCCCCUGGCUCAGAUUCAACCUCAGGUGCAGUUUCAGUCCCAGGCCCAAGGCCAAGCUCAAAACCAAACCCUGCCCCAGGUCCAGGCCCAUCUCCAAUCAAGAGUACAACCUCAAUACCACCCCCAGGUACAAGUUCAGUUUCAACCACAGGCCCAAACGCAGCCUCAGGCUCAGCAACCGCCCCAGGUCCAAACUCAACCACAGGUUCAGCCGCAGCCUCAGGUUCAGUCUCAGGCUCAAGCUCAGCUCCAGCCCCAGCCACAGAUCCAACCCCAACUCCAUGCCCAUGUUCAAGUUCAAUUCCAGCAACAAAGCCAGACUCAUGCACAGCCUCAGACCCAUCCACAGCCCCAGGUCCACACUCAGUCACCUGUUCAAACCCAACCCCAAGUUCAAGUUCAGUUCCAGCAACAGACCCAAGUCCAGCAACAGCUUCAGGUCCAAGCCCAACCCCAAGUCCAAGCCAAACUACAAGUCCAAUUCCAGCCUCAGAACCAAACUCAACUUCAAGCGCAGCCUCCACUUCAGGUCCAGCCUCAAAUCAGGCAUCAGCUCAUCACCGUUCCAGGUCUUCAACAACCAGUCCAGCUACUUUCAGCCCUCCCACCCCAUGUUGCAGCCCAGAUCCAAGCCCAGAUCCAGGCUCAGGCACAACAGCAGGGUGGCACUGUUCCUCAGCAAAUCAAGUUGCAACUGCCAAUUCAGAUCCAGCAGCCAGGGGGGCAAGUACAGACCCACCAGAUCCAGAACAUGGUGGCCAUACAGGCGCCAGCAAGUGUCCAGGAGCAGCUCCAGAGGAUGCAGCAGCUCCGAGAUCAACAGCAGCAGCAGCAACAACAGCAGCAGCAGCAACAACAACCACAACCACCACCACAGCAGCAACAACAACCGAAGAAGAAGAAACAGCAGGAAUCCAAAAGGGAGCAGAAGGAGCAUAACCUGCAGGUCACUAGUCCUGGAGACGGAAACCAAAAACAGAUGGCAGCAAAGCAGAAUGCUACAGCAGAACAGCUGAAACAAAGGAAGACCCUGGCUGCAGCUGAGCGAGAGGAGAACCAGAGGAUGAUUGUGUGCAAUCAGGUGAUGAAGUACAUCCUAGACAAGAUUGAGAAGGAUGAGAAGCAGGCAGCUAAGAAGAGGAAGAAGGAGGAAGUGGUGGAGCAAAAACGUUCCAAGCAGAAUGCCACUAAGCUGACUGCACUGCUUUACAAGCACAAGGAGCAGCUUAAGGCUGAGAUCCUGAAGAAGCGGGCCCUGCUGGACAAGGAGCUACAGCUGCAAGUGCAGGAGGAGCUGAGGAGGGACAUAGCCAGGCUACAGAAAGAAAAGGAGAAGGCUCGAGCUGCUAUUGCCCAGGCAGCUGCAGCUGCAGCUGCAGCCAAGGCACCUCCCACUCUUCCCACUCCUCCCAUUCCUCCCAUUCUUCUCACUCUACCCAUUCCUCACUCUAGCCACACAGUGACCUCACCCUCCUCGUCCCAUAAACGUAAGAGGGAAGAGGAGAGAGACAAAGAUAGAAACAGAGAUAGGGACAGGCAUCGUGACAAGGACAAGAAACGGGACAGGGACAGAGAUAGAGACCGGGACAGGGACAGAUAUAGAGACAGAGAUAAGGACAGAGAUCGAGAGAGAGACCGAGACCGAGAUCGGGAUAGACAUCGGGACAGGGACAGAGAGAAGGACAGAGACAGAGACAGAGAUUCCAGCUCUUCAAAACACAAAAAGAAGAAGACUAUGUCUACUACCUCAAAGGAUCACAAGAAGGACACCAAACUGUACUGCAUCUGCAAAACACCUUAUGACGAGUCAAAGUUCUACAUUGGCUGCGAUCUGUGCUCCAACUGGUUCCAUGGCGCAUGUGUUGGCAUCACAGAAAAAGAGGCCAAGAAGUUGGAGGACUUUGUGUGUAAUGACUGUAAACGUGGCCAAGAGGGAGGAAGCAAUGAAGAACUGUACUGUAUCUGCCGAACACCAUACGACGAAUCACAGUUUUACAUCGGCUGCGACCGCUGCCAGAACUGGUACCACGGGCGCUGUGUUGGCAUCAUGCAAAGUGAAGCCAAUCACAUAGAUGUGUACGUGUGCCCGCAGUGCCAGUCGACAGAAGAUGCCAUGACUGUCCUCACGCCGCUCACUGACAAAGACUACGAGGGGUUGAAAAGAAUAUUACGUUCGUUACAGUCUCAUAAAAUGGCAUGGCCUUUCCUUGAACCAGUGGAUCCCAACGACGCCCCUGAUUAUUAUCGUGUCAUCAAGGAGCCAAUGGACUUUUCUACAAUGGAUAGCCGAUUGCAAAAGCGACAUUACCAUAAGCUCACAGAGUUUGUGGCCGACGUGACCAAAAUCUUUGACAACUGCCGCUAUUACAACCCCAACGACUCGCCCUUCUUUCAGUGUGCCGAGCUUCUGGAGGGCUUCUUUGUACAGAAGCUUAAAGGUUUCAAAGCGAGCAGGUCUCAUAACAACAAGCUACAGUCUUCUUCAGCCUCUUAGAAAGCAUCGCACAUUGCUCAAACAAAAUGCACUCGCCAAGAAUAUGGCUUUUCUGAACAAUAAAUCUGAUCUGUGAUGGACUCUGCCUCGUCCUGUGUUUUGGAGACGCUCCUCUGACUGUCAGUGCGACCAGUGGUGCUGCUUCCACAGAAGCGUCAGGGGCAGGGCUGCCCUCCUGCCCGGUCCUGCCCUAAGGGAUCUUUUUUUGGCCUGUUGGGUCAGCAGGACUGUAAUAAGGAGUGUGAAUAACUAAAGGCAUUUCAAAAGAAAGUUUACCUCGGAGAAAGGACUCUUAAAGAGCUCUCACAUUUCCAUGUACUUUAUUUUUCAUCUGAAUUUUCUCUCUCUUUUUUUUCUGCCUGUUGAAAAGCCCUUAGGCCAUCAUUGUGGUCAUGUCCAACAAGAAGUAAGAAUUUGAAUACUGCAAUACAUUGGCUGAGUUUUACUAAGCAUAAUGUAUCAAAAGUUUUGUGUCUGAAAUCAGAUUUCACAGUGGAACACCUUUCCUCCCCUUUCAACUCAUUGUUUUGUCUGAAGUGGCAUGGAAGGCUAAAUAAAUGUCUGGACAUCACUAGUCUGUCUGGUUAAGCUUCUGUAGCCUACUGAAAGUAAUAAGCUAUUCUAAGUGGUUUUUGCUCUGCAGUAGUGACUGACUGAGAAGGAUAAACAACGUGUAUCUGAAGGUAUCAUGCCCUGUUUGUAAAAAUUUGUCAGAUUUUGACUUUCCUUUUUCUUUUUUUGUAUUACAGCUGAAGAAAUAUUGAUGUAUAUUAAACAUAAUAAAUGAAAAAGACUUAUCUCUUCCUCUU